UUGCCCUGGUGGUGCCCCUCUCGAGUGUUGUAAAUCGCCAUCGGGUCUUUACCGCUCGUUCACGACUCUGGGAGAUCCGGCGAUGGUGUCGCUUGCUAAGAAGGCCUCUGAGUUGGUGGAGAUGUUGGAUCUCAAGAUCCACCCCGAGGGAGGUUUCUACACCGAGACCUUCAGGGACUUCUCCGUUACCCUCUCCAAAUCGCAGCUGCCCCCUCAAUACAAGGUUGAUCGACCUGUGAGUACUUCGAUUUAUUUCUUGCUUCCAGCUGGGAGUGUCUCACAUCUCCACCGCAUCCCUUGUGCUGAAACCUGGCAUUUUUACUCUGGAGAACCUCUCACAGUCUUUGAGCUACAUGAUGACGGGCAGAUUGAACUCACAGUACUGGGUUUUGACCUAGAUGCUGGCCACCGCCCCCAGUACACCGUGCCACCAAAUGUCUGGUUUGGUUCGUUCCCUACACUAGAUGUCUCCUCAUUUUCUACGGAUGGCAGUCUCCUUGUCAGGGGCUCGACAAGAGAUCCCGAGCUGCAUUAUUCUCUCGUCGGUUGCACAUGUGCCCCCGCCUUCCAGUUCGAUGACUUUGAAUUAGCCAAGCUCUCAGAUAUCAAAGCUCUUGCGCCGCAAGCACAACCAUUUUUUGACUACCUAGUUAUCCCGGAUAAGGAAGCCUAAUUCGAUUAGGUGAUUAUUCGAGAUUUAUUUCCUUGCACUCUACCACAAUCUCAUUGUGAACUAUCAAGCUAUGCCGUAUUUAUCACAAGGCAAUUGAUGAUUUUGCCUUGGGGACUUUGAAAAAAUGACACUUUGUUGUAAUUGAUACACACACUGCUACUUUAGUUCCUCCUCUAAAUUCAACAUCUAUCCUUCAA